AGUCGUCUAUUGGUUACGUCUAGCUUUCAAAUAUUGAACUUCAAACGCCCGCACAAUUAAUUACGCGAACAAUUCUUAACAAAGCGAAAGUGCAAUCAACAGAAGAAUAGCAGGCCUAAAAAUACAUUUUUGUUUUGUACAUAUUAUAAGUUGCUGAUGAUUUUAAAUAGGAGUAGUUGACAUUUGGUCAAUCUCAGCAGAGAAUUCAAUGCCAAAGCAGUUUCGGUCGCGUUUUCUCACAUUUUCUCACGUUUUCUCGCAUUGGCACUCGUUGUUUUGGCAUCUCUUUAUAUUCUCAUCCCCUCAUUUUCUUGUGUCAUCUGUUUGCAGUGUGAAAAUCGAACAAAAAAAAAAUAAAAAAGCCGGCUCAGCAGGAGGCGAAAAACAUUUUCCAAACGCAUCAGAUGUAAAUGAGAUGCCGUCGCGCCGGCAGCAGAGGCACAAGCACAAGCAAGCGAAACCACGCCGACAUCGCCUCCGGAAUUAUCAGGAGCCCCAGCAGCAUCUGAUUAUCAAGUGAAAAGAAAGUAGAGCGCAAAUUCAAUCCGUUCGAUCCGUACAAUUCAUAAGUUUGAUAGGACAGCAAAGGGAGGGAAGCAGCAAACUAAUUUAAGGGCUAUCGAAUAUCGAAUCGCUGCGGAGGGGGACACACGCCGCGCAUCCAAGAUGAAGCGACGCAACGCGGAUUGUGGCAAACUUCGGCGGCCGAUUAAGCGCAACAAAAUCACAGAGGGAAUGUACGGCAGCACAACAGUUUUGUACAUGAAGUUUCUGAUCCUUUGGGCCAUCGUGAUGGUGGCUGAUUUCAUGUUCAUGUUCCGGUUUGAGUUCUUGUGGCCAUUCUGGCUGCUCCUCCGCUCCGUGCACGAUUCCUUUAAGUAUAAGGGACUGGCAUUCUCCGUGCUGUUCGUGUGUAUAGCGAUAACGUCGGAUCUGGUCUGUUUGUUCUUCAUACCCGUUCAUUGGCUGCUCUUCGCGGCCAGCACAUAUGUCUGGGUGCAGUACGUCUGGCACACAGAUAAGGGGAUCUGUUUGCCGACCAUAAUACUCUGGAUGUUAUUUGUCUACCUGGAGGUGGGCAUACGAUGGAAGGACAGUCGCCACAUGCCGCACUUGGAUCUCUGCCGGCCGUUUGCAGCGCAUUGCAUUGGCUAUCCGGUUGUCACGCUGGGAUUCGGCUUUAAAAGCUACGUGGGCUACCGCAUGCGACAGCGGAAGCAGCGCGAGGUGGCCAAGGACAACGAGUUCUACAUGCAGCUACUGCAGCAGGCCCUUCCCGCCGAAGAGGCGGCCGAGGAGGCGGCUGCGGGGGCGACAGCCACAUCCAGCUCCGUCGUGGUGGCCAACGGGUCUGCCACCACAUCGGCCCUGGUCUCAACAUCCGGGGCAACGGCGGCGAAUGGCAUUUUGGCCACUGCCACGCAAGCACAAAACCAUCAUGAGCAUCAUCACAGCGGCGGCGCCGGCGCCAGCAGCAGCAACAGCUCGAGCAAUAGUAAUCAUCACCAUCACCACCAUCAUAGCAACAGCAACAGUGGCAACAGCGGCAGCAACCACAAUGGCAACGGCGGUGGCGGCGGCGGCAAGGACCACGGAGCGAGCGACGGCACAACGGCGGCCUCAUCGUCGUCAUCAGCAGCGGCUUCAGCAACGGGAGUCGCGUCAGUUGCUUCGUCGGCACCCAACUCCGCCGGUUCCUCAUCAACGUCGUCGUCGGCGGCGACGGCGGCGGCGGGCGGCAAACAGUCUUCGGCGUCGACAGCAUCGUCCACGGCCACAACAGCAACCUCCAAUGGUCACGCUGGUGGUUCAAGGAACCACCGACGCAGCUUGGACAAGGAUAAGCAUCGCAACAAGGCUGACGCUGCUGAUAACGAGCACAACAAUGGAACGCGACACGGGGGUAAAAAUAGCAGCAACAACUAUCACCAGGUCGAUAGCGGCGCUGCCACAGCAACCACAACAGCAACAGCUACAUCAAGUAAUAGUAAGGAUAAGGAUAAGGAUAAGGAGAAGUCAGACUGGGAUAGUAGCGCCAACUAUCCACAACAACAGCAGCAGCAGGGGGGCAAGGAAAAGCAUGACAAAAAGGGUAGCAACGCUGUUCCCAAUGGAAAUGCUAAUCACGUUGAAAUCGAGGAAACGGCCAGUGUGGAGCCAGCCCCACCUGCUGAAAAGGCGCCCAAGGGUCGACGCAAUCGUGGAAAAAAGGAUAACGCCGCAGCGAAGGACAAUCACAGCCAUCAGCAGCAGCUGGCUCAGCAACAUAAGGAAAAGGACAAGGAGAACACGGCCAACAACAACAACAACAAUAACGACACAAGUUCGGUAUCAUCAACGGCCAGCUCCACAUCCAGCAAUGCCAUCGCUCACUUGGCCAGCAAGGUGGUCUCCAAGAUCUGCGAAACCUGCCUCAAACUGGAGGCUGAUGUUAAAAAGUACCGCGCUGAGAUUAGCCACAUGAAGCAAAUCGAAAACGAACUGCGACAGAAGCUAGACGUGAAUCUCACCAGCAAAUCAACGCUCCAGGCGAAGCAGAAGGAGUGCGACGAUCUGGAGAAGCGCAUCCAGGAGCUGAACAACGCCCGCCACGCCGACAUGCUCAAUCUGCAGACUGUGGAGCGACGACUCAACGAGGAGCGCCGUCAGAAGCAAUCCCUCGACUCGCAGCUGUCCAACGAGAAGAAGGCUCGCAAGCUGGCUGAGGAGAAGGCGGCUCGACCCGAGUGCAGCUCCCAGUGCAAGCAGCGGCGCCAGCAGAUGGAUGAGGAGCAGAAACGACUGCGUGGCGACCUCAAGCAGACGGAGGAGGGCAAGCAACUGGCCGUCGAACAUGGACGAAAAUUGGAACAAGAGUACCGCAUGCUGGAGGCAAAACUACGGAAUCGCGAAUCCUCGCAGCCCGACCCCGAGAUGCUAUUAAACGCCCUGGCUGCCCUGCAGGACAAGAACGCAACGCUGGAGAAGAAUCUAUCCGCAGAGACGAGAGUCAAGCUGGACUUGUUCUCGGCUCUGGGCGCUGCCAAGCGCCAGAUUGAAAUAUCUGACAACCAUCGUCGCUCCAAGGAGGAUGAGGUCAUCGAUCUCAAGGCAAAGAUUGCCCAACUGCUGGCCGUGAUGCCGGACAACUUGUGCAUGAACACAGGCCCACACGGACCGGCGAGCAGCAUUCUGCGGAUGAACGACACGCCGCCACUGCAGUCGGGUCCCGGACCGUCCUCGCCCAUGCUCAGUUUGAGUGCCGCGCAGGAGUACCAGCAGCAUCAGCAGCACCAGCAGCACCAGCAGCAUCAACAGCAUCAGCAGCAUCAACAACAUCAGCAGCAUCAGCAACACCAGCAACACCAGCAGCAGCAACAGCACCAACAGCAGCAUCAGCAACACCAGCAGCAGCACCAGCAACAUCAGCAGCAUCAACAGCAGCAUCAGCAACAUCAGCAGCAUCAGCAACACCAGCAGCUUCAGCAGCAGCAGCAGCAGCAACAGGGUGGCAAUGGUCCCGUCUCCCAGCAACAAAUGGUGCCAGUCAGCGUGGCUGCUGCCUUGCAGGUUGCUGCGGCCAAUGCCGCUGCCGCCAACGGAAAUGGCGGCUCAACGCUGGAUCCCAAUGCUAGUGUGUACACGCCCAAGACGGGAAACAUGAUGGUGGUGUCGCCGGUGGGCAUGAACCCCAAUGGUGCGGAUGCCUGACGCCAACAGCAGCAUCAGCAGCAGCAGCAGCAGUCCUUGACGUCGUCAUCGCCGUCGUCAUCGUCCUCGCACCUGCAUCUGCGACGACAAGUUUGAGAUUAUUAUACUUUAUAUGAACUAGGGAAAACAAACGCAAGCAACCGUCGCCACAGCAAACGAUGAGCAGUCCGAUAAGCGGUGCCGAAUCCAAGAAGUUUGCAUACAAUAUCUGAAUGUCCGUAAUAUGAAUAAGCAGUUUCCUUUACAAUUAACACACCGCCACAGAAGCGCGCAGGCAGCACUGAUGAAUGCAGCUCAAUAUUGCUGAACAUUUCCCCGUCUUAUGUUUUCAAAAUCUCCAAAA